CUCGUCCGUCCACCAGCUGGGGCCCCGGGGUCCCCGGCCAGCGCUAUGCCCAUCUUACUGUUCCUGAUAGACACGUCCGCCUCUAUGAACCAGCGCAGCCAUCUGGGCACCACCUACCUGGACACGGCCAAAGGCGCGGUAGAGACCUUCAUGAAGCUCCGUGCCCGGGACCCGGCCAGCCGAGGAGACAGGUAUAUGCUGGUCACUUUCGAGGAGCCUCCCUACGCUAUCAAGGCUGGAUGGAAAGAAAACCAUGCCACAUUUAUGAACGAACUGAAAAACCUUCAAGCUGAAGGACUUACGACCCUUGGCCAAUCCCUAAGGACAGCCUUUGAUUUAUUAAAUUUAAAUAGAUUAGUAACUGGCAUAGACAACUAUGGGCAGGGAAGAAACCCCUUUUUCCUGGAGCCAGCAAUAAUUAUAACAAUCACUGAUGGUAACAAGUUGACUACAACCAGCGGAGUCCAGGAUGAGCUCCACUUACCUCUCAACUCUCCUUUGCCUGGAAGUGAAUUGACCAAGGAACCUUUCCGUUGGGAUCAGAGACUCUUUGCUUUAGUGCUGCGGUUGCCAGGUACCACAGCUGUAGAAUGCGAGCCGUUGGCAGGGGUGCCACCCGAUGAUUCUGCCAUCACACCCAUGUGCGAGGUGACAGGAGGUCGUUCAUAUGCUGUAUGUUCUUCGAGAAUGCUCAAUCAGUGCCUGGAGUCACUGGUGCAAAAGGUACAAAGUGGAGUGGUAAUAAACUUUGAAAAAGCAGGACCAGAUCCGCCACCUAUGGAAGAUGGACUGACAGAUACAUCAUCGAGGUCCUUCGGAUCUCAACCUUGGCACAGCUGUCACAAGCUCAUUUAUGUCAGACCAAAUCCCAAAACUGGGGUUCCAAUAGGCCAUUGGCCCGUUCCAGAAUCUUUUUGGCCCGAUCAGAAUUCUCCAACACUACCACCUCGAACAUCUCACCCUGUAGUGAAGUUCUCCUGCACCGACUGUGAGCCAAUGGUUAUCGACAAACUGCCAUUUGACAAAUACGAGUUGGAACCUUCACCGCUCACCCAGUUUAUCCUGGAAAGGAAAUCUCCUCAGACCUGUUGGCAGGUGUAUGUGAGCAACAGUGCAAAAUAUAGUGAGCUUGGCCAUCCUUUUGGUUACUUGAAAGCCAGUACGGCAUUGAAUUGUGUGAACUUGUUCGUGAUGCCUUACAACUAUCCAGUCCUCCUUCCCCUUUUGGAUGACCUAUUCAAGAUUCAUAAGGCGAAGCCAACUUUAAAAUGGAGACAGUCUUUUGAAAGUUAUUUGAAGACGAUGCCUCCUUACUAUCUCGGGCCCUUGAAGAAAGCUGUAAGAAUGAUGGGAGCUCCUAACCUCAUAGCAGACAGUGCAGAAUAUGGGCUUAGCUACAGUGUUAUCUCAUACCUCAAGAAACUGAGUCAACAGGCCAAAAUAGAAUCCGAUAGAGUCAUCGGAUCUGUUGGCAAAAAAGUAGUUCAAGAAACUGGAAUUAAAGUACGAAGCCGAUCACAUAAUCUGUCACUGGCCUAUAGGAAAGACUUCCAACAGCUGCUGCAGGGGUUUACCGACGACGUUCCUCGCCGACUUCUCGACCUAAACAUGAAGGAGUAUGCCGGCUUCCAGGUCGCCCUGCUGAACAAGGAUUUGAAACCUCAGACCUUUAGAAAUGCUUACGAUAUACCUAGACGAAAUCUCUUGGACCACUUAACAAGAAUGAGAUCUAAUCUUCUGAAGAGCACCCGCAAAUUUCUAAAAGGACAAGAUGAAGAUCAAGUGCACAGUGUUCCAAUAGCCCAAAUGGGGAAUUACCAGGAGUACCUCAAGCAGAUACCAUCCCCACUGCGAGAACUUGACCCUGAUCAGCCUCGAAGACUACACACGUUUGGGAACCCCUUUAAACUGGAUAAGAAGGGCAUGAUGAUAGACGAAGCAGAUGAAUUUGUGUCCGGACCUCAGAACAAACACAAACGGCCUGGAGAACCAAGUAUGCAAGGGAUCCCCAAAAGGCGCCGCUGUAUGUCCCCGCUGCUGAAAGGGCGGCAGCAGACCCCUCUUGCCGUCAACAAUCACAUUGGAGGCAAGGGGCCUCCCACACCUACUGCACAAGCACAACCGGAUCUCAUCAAGCCCAUUCCUCUUCAUAAAACUUCAGAAGCCACUAAUGAUACUGCAGUAGAUGACGUGGUUGAAAAUCAUGUUGCAGACCAACUGUCAUCAGAGAUUGCACCAAAUGCCCUGGAUUCUGAAUUUUCACCAUCCUCUUCUCCGGCCGGUGCCCUAGAACGACCAACCAAUCACACAGAGGCUUUUGGCCACGAUCACAUAAUAACUAAUGACCUUCCAAUAGUUGGAUUUUUGGAAAAUCAUGAGGAACCAAGAGGUAAAGAGCAGUGUGCUGAAGAUGAUUUACCGACAGCCUCACCCAACAAAGGCAAGAAACUGAUGCAUUGUAGAAGCCACGAAGAAGUCAACGUUGAGUUAAAAGCACAGAUCAUGAAGGAGAUUCGAAAGCCAGGAAGAAAGUAUGAAAGGAUCUUCUCUUUAUUGAAGCAUGUGCAAGGCAGCCUACAAACAAGACUAAUAUUCUUGCAGAAUGUCAUUAAAGAAGCAUCAAGGUUUAAGAAACGAAUGCUAAUAGAGCAACUGGAGAGCUUUUUGGAAGAAAUCCAUCGUAGAUCUAAUCAGAUCAACCAUAUCAACAGCAGCUAGAAGGAACUGGAACGCAAAUUCUUCCCUCCUCUUUCUACAAACACAAACUAUAAACGUGAGGAUUUGGAAGCGUACGCCCACGUUCCCUGCAUUUGUCUUUGCCACGCAAAAGACUGGCUCGAAUUCCCUACUUGACAUACAAACUGCAGCAAGUAUGUAGAUCCCAUUUCCUUCAUUGUUGUUUUAUUUUUUUAAUGUGAAAAAACCACCUCUACAAAAAUGAAAUUGAACAGACUUGGAAAAAAAAAAUAUUUCUUGCUUAUCAUUGACUUAGGUGUGUCAAUUUCCCUCAGGUUCUAUUUUUCUUAUCCCAAACGGUCACCUCUGUUAAAGGCUGACCUUUGCCAAAAACAGUUACUUUGUAAUAUUUGGGGAAAAAAAAAAAAGCACAUACAUUAAAACAAGGUAAUUUUUGUAUGUACAGUUAUUUUGGAUAUAUUGUAAGUUGUACAAAUGUAUUUUGAAGAAUAUUUAAAAAAAGCACUUUUGUUAUUCCAUCAAUAAAUGCUCUAUUUUA